GUUUGUCCCGCUCACCAACCUUGGCUAGGAAUAUAAUGUAUCGGUUUUGCUGCUAUCGAACAAAGUGAUGGCGAGGUAACUUGUCGAAAAUGAACGAUGCAGCCACCUCCCUGCUCACUGAGCACUUUAGCUACACUCCUCUGUCAUUGAUCGACGAUAUUAUCAACUCGAUCAAUAAUCUCAUCUAUCAAGCCAUCUCGAGUCUUGAAACCGGCCUCCUGAACACCCCUCCUGAACGCCUUGGUUUCAGCCAUGCCAACAACACAUCCACGAUACCCGAUACCGAUGCCGAUGGAAACAUUGAAUAUCCGGAAGCGAGACUAGAGAUUGAGAACGGACUUCACCAGCUUGAGACGUUGUUUGAAUCUUCGGUCGACAAGUCUUUUGAUAAAUUUGAGAUAUACGUUUUACGAAACAUCCUUACCGUGCCUGACGAUCUCGUCAAGUAUAUGAAAUUGGGCCAUUAUGAAAGUCUUUCCUUCAACCCGAAUGCCGAAGCCCCUACGCCGGAGUCAAUCAAUCUUCAACGGAAGAAACUGCAAGAAACUCGAAAACUUCAGCAAGCGCUUCGUCGUGAAAGCGCUCGGAAUGAUGCCGUCAUUGCACAAUUACGCGCCGUUCUUUCUGCUACCCAAGAUGCAAAUGCCACUUCGAGCCUAGGCCUUCCAAAUCUGGCCUUUUUGACCUCUGGUCCUGCCGCAAAAAUGCUUAGGGUCGGUCAAAACCAGUCAUUAACUACGAAUACUGAUUUUGUUUUGUCGCAACUGCCGUCUUUGCACGCCAUGACGGAGAAACUUCGAGAGCAAUUAAAAACCUUGCCAAAUUCUGUCCCUGAAGACCAUACUAAACGGGACGAGAGAAGAGAAUAUAUUGAUAGUAGAAUCAGAAUUCACUUGGAACGUUCUGGUCAACCCGCUUUUGGUGAUGGAAAUACCGUUAUUCCUGGUAGGAAGAUAGCCAGUGCCGAGGCGCGAGCGCUUGAGGCGGCCGGGAGCAUACUUAAUGAAAAACAAUGAGCGAUAUUAUUUCACCUCUUUGGAGUACGGUUUGGUUUUAUCGGGAUGGGCUGGCUCUGGUUGGCGUGGUCCUGGAUUAAUUCAUUUGGGUUGGAAUGAGUUCAGGAGUAUAAGUUUUCUGCUAGGAAGGAGAUACUGUUUCAUGGCGUUUUUUGCUGUCAAAGACUGGUCGGUUUUCUUCGAAGAUGGUCUGCAUGCUACAGCAGCUUGUAUAUCUCGCAUAAUAUGCGACAUGGAGCGCCACAAUGUCCAAUUUCGACCAUCAAUUUCCCCUCAGUAAAACAUAGAAUGCUCACACACGUGACGGCCCAGUACUUGGAAUAUUGAAAAGAAAACUAAUGAGAAUCCUGAAUAUAC